AUGAAUGUUCAAAAUGCAGCGCUUUUAGUUUGUCUUUUCUUUUUUACAGGUUUCCAAAGGGGUCAGACUGAAAGCACAGAUGUUCUAAAGGAGUUUACUAAAACUGAAGGUGUCAGGAUAGUGACAAUACGCAGAAAGUUCUAUUUUGUAGUUACAGCAGAACAAUGUGCCACCAGGUGCAUCGAAGAGACGUCCUUUACAUGCAGGUCCUUUACACACAAUAGCAGGAAUCUUUUGUGUAUUAUAUUUUAUGCCAACUCUAAGACUGCCAAGGUAUUGGAAAUAGCUGAUGUUACCCUGUAUGAGAAAAAGGUGCACCUAAUGGAUUGUGUGAAUGGCAUUGGAACAGACUACAGAGGGACAAAAUCCACAACAAAAUCAGGAAGAAAAUGCCAAAGCUGGGUGGAAAUUUCCCCCCAUUUGCCAAGGAUAACACCAACGACACAUCCAGAAGCUGACCUGGAGUCCAACUUUUGUCGAAAUCCAAAGGGAAGCAAACAGGGUCCCUGGUGCUACACAACAGAUCCAGAGACAAGAAUAGAGCCCUGUGAUAUCCAAAAGUGCACAGAGGAUUGCAUGCACUGCAAUGGAGAAAACUAUAGAGGCAAAAUCUCCUUUACUGAGCAUGAUUAUACGUGUCAACGCUGGGAUUCUCAGAUACCUCACAAACAUGGUUAUUCUCCUUCAAAUCAUCCUGAGAUGUAUUUGGAGGAGAACUACUGUAGGUACUCAGAAGGAGAACCCAGUCCCUGGUGCUACACCACCAACCCCAACAUUCGCUGGGGUUACUGCUCCAUUCCUCGAUGCACAACUGAACCACCCACAAUUGUACCAGAGCUUACUUGUGCGACUGGAAGGGGUAGCUCCUACAGGGGAACUAUUUCUGUGACGGAAUCAGGGAAAACUUGCCAGAACUGGGCAUCUCAAUAUCCUCACACACAUUCCAGAACUCCAGAGAACUACCCAUGCAAAGGCCUUGAAGGGAAUUACUGCAGGAAUCCUGAUUUUAAUGAAAGUCCCUGGUGUUUUACCACAGACCCUGACACCCGCUUGGAGAACUGCGCUGUGCCCAGCUGUGGAGAUAAGCCUACACCUGAUGAGCCCAUCAUCACUGAGAGCAAGGAAUGUUAUGAAGGUAAUGGAAACUCGUACCGUGGUGAUGUAUCAGAGACCAUUAGUGGAAAACAAUGCCAGUUCUGGACAUCCAAUGUACCUCAUUUUGUGCCUGGAGAAUUCCCAGAAUUAGAUUUGAGGGGGAACCUGUGCAGAAACCCAUUAAAUAAAGAAGCCCCUUGGUGCUACACCACUGACCCAUCUGUUCGGUGGGAGUAUUGCAACAUUAAGCGGUGUAAUGACAAACCCAGCAUAUCCACACCUGAUCCUACUGAUUAUUCAGAAGAUGGAGAAAGAGAUGUUCUAAAGGCAUAUGUUAAAACUGAAGAUGCAUGGAUAGUGAAAAGCACCAGCAGGCAGUAUACUGUGAAAUCAGCAGAAACAUGUGCUGCCAGAUGUAACAAUGAGAUGUCUUUUACAUGCAGGUCAUUUACAUACAAUAAGAGGAAUUGGAAUUGUGCAACACUACCUGCCAACUCUAAGACUGAUGAGGUCAUAAAAACAAGGAAUACUGUCCUGUAUGAGAAAAGGGUGUACUUACGGGAAUGUGUGAAUGGCAUUGGCACAGAUUACAGAGGGACAAAAUCCACAACAAAAUCAGGAAAAACAUGCCAGCGGUGGGAUGGAACUUUCCCCCAUUUGCCAAAAAAGACACCAAAGAAAUAUCCUGAAGCUGACCUGGAGUCCAACUUUUGUCGAAACCCAAAUGGAAACAUAGAGGGUCCCUGGUGCUACACUACAGAUCCAGAGACAAGAUGGGAGCACUGUGAUAUCACAAAUUGCACAGAGGAUUGCAUACAAUGCAAUGGAGAAAUGUAUAGAGGCAAGAAAUUCACCACUGCAGGUGGAUACAUCUGCCAACGCUGGGACUCUCAGAGGCCCCAUCAACACAGUUACUCUCCUUCAAACCAUCCUGAACUGAAUUUGGAGGAGAACUAUUGUAGGUCCUCAAAAGGAGAGUUCACACCAUGGUGCUACACCACCAAUCCAGACAUCCGCUGGAAUUACUGCUCCAUUCCUCUAUGCCAGGCAAGUGAAGCACCCACGAUUGUACCAGAGCUUACCUGUGUGACUGGACGGGGCAGCACCUACAGCGGCACUAUUUCUGUUACGGUAUCGGGGAAAACGUGCCAGAACUGGACAUCUCAAUCUCCUCACACGCACAGCAGAGUUCCAGUGAACUACCCAUGCACAAACCUUGAAGGGAAUUACUGCAGGAAUCCUGAUUAUGAAAGAAGUCCCUGGUGUUAUACCACUGACCCUGACACCCGCUGGGAGUACUGCAAUGUGCCCACCUGCGGAGAUCAGCCAGGACCUGAUGAGCCCAUUAUUCCUGAGGGGAAGGAAUGUUAUGAAGGUGAUGGAAGCUCAUACCGUGGUGCCAUAUCAGAGACCAUUAGUGGAAAACAAUGCCAGUUCUGGACAUCCAGAGAACCUCAUGAACCUUUCUAUAAACCUGAGGAGUUCCCAGGAUCAGAUCUGAGGAGGAACCUGUGCAGGAACCCAGAUGGUGCAAAAGCCCCUUGGUGCUACACCACUGACCCGUCUGUUCGGUGGGAGUAUUGCAAAAUUGAGAGGUGUGACAGCAAACCCAGCAUAUUCACAGAGGGCCUUAAAUGUGGAGAACAAGCGAUAAAACCUAAACUCUGCUUAGGCCGGAAUGUUUGGGGAUGCAUUUCCAAACCACACUCCUGGCCAUGGCAGAUCAGUCUCAGGACAAGCACUUACAAACAACAUGUCUGUGGUGGAACGCUAAUUGAUGCACAGUGGGUACUAACCGCAGCACAUUGUAUUAAGGGAGAAGACUACGAUUGGUCUCAGAGUCGAUCUCUCAUCAAGAUCUUCCUUGGAAUCCACACCAAAGAUACGGAUGGACCAUUCAAGCAGGAACGAGAUGUUUCUAAGAUUAUUAUGGAACCAGACGGAGCUGACAUUGCUCUUCUCAAGUUAGAUAGGCCUGCAGUAAUAAAUGAUACGGUCGCUUGCUUGCCUACUGAAAAGGAUUAUAUUGUACCCAGCGGUACUGAAUGCCAUGUAACAGGCUGGGAAAACACACAGGAAACUGGUGAUUCCUUUUACCUGAAAGAAACCAGCGUCCAAGUAAUUGAGAACAAAGUUUGCAACCUUCAACUCUAUUUAGAUGGCCGUGUGCAGGACCAUGAGAUGUGUGCAGGAUUCAGAGAUGGUGGAAUUAACAGUUGUCAGGGUGAGAGUGGUGGGCCUCUCGUCUGCAUAAUGCAAAACAAAUUUGUUCUCCAGGGAGUGACAUCAUUGGAUAUUGGCUGUGCCAGGACCAUUGGCAUUAAACCAGGAUUGUACACCCGUGUCUCCAAGUUUGUCAAAUGGAUUGAACAAAGCAUGAAAGAAAAUUGAGAAUGUAAAUGUUCAACGUAAACACAAGCAUAUGGUUAACAAUGCAAUUUAAUUGUAAAACUGGUGUGUAAGAAUGAAAUCUUGAUAUGUAGGCUGUUUUAAGUAAUCCUGUUCAAAAGUGAUAUCUUAAUAAUUCCUGCUUAAUAGAGGUAAUCUAUUCUAUGCUUUACAAAUUAUCUGCCCAUUGUACAGUUACAUUUCUCAUAGGCACAAGCUAGAUGGGUUCUAUUUUGAGGCUUACCCCAGUAAAUAUGGUUUAUUUUGCAAAUUCAAAUUCCAUUGAGGCAUAGAUCAGACACUAUAUCUGUGCACCUUACAUCUCAAAGUAAACAAAUCUAUCACAUCGAGGCAGAUGUGGGAGGCAGGCAAGCUGCCGUAUCUCUACGCAUCACCCAAAAAUGCUCACUCACUGUCAUCUGAACCAGUGUCAAAAGCAAAACUGUGCGAGGGAGAUCCAGCGUAUACCCCGUUAGAGACAGAAAAGGACGUGGCCAUUCAGCAAGCCAGAUAUACUUGUAGAGACUGAACUGCAGCUAGAGAAAAUAAUAGUUUUGAGAUGAUAAACUUCAGCUAAUCAAACUUCAGCAUUCAAUAUAUAUCAUAUUUGUAUAGUGUCUAAUAAUGCAUCAACAAUGACGUUUAAGUGUCUCUUGCCAAUAAAGCUAGAGAUUAAUUUAAUCUUUAUAUGGAUUGGUGGUGGCGUAGUGGUCUAAGCACAUAACUGUUAAUCAGAAGGUUGCUGGUUCGAUCCCCACAGCCACCACCAUUGUGUCCUUGAGCAAGGCACUUAACUCCAGGUUGCUCCGGGGGUAUUGUCCCUGUAAUAAGUGCUCUGUAAGUCACUUUGGAUAAAAGCGUCUGCCAAAUGCAUAAAUGUAAUCUGCCCAUGUGAUUCUAUAUUUUUAAAAGUUCACUCUAAAACGGCAGAAUAUUUUUUUUCCCAACUUUUAAUUACUGCAUGUCCAAUGAUUUGUGUACUUGUAUCAAAGAUUUAUACAUGUAAAUGUCUUUUUCUGCAAAAAAACAAAAAUGAACAAUUUACCAUAUAGCCUACAAAUAUGAUUAAUCAAAAUAAAUGAUGACUAACA